AGCAGGCGUGGUCGCCUCCACCCAUCUCCGCUUGAGUCGCUCUCAGGGGACGCGCGGCGAAAGACGCGCGAGCGAGGCCCGCGGACGGGCUGCCUUCCGCUGACAGCGAAGACAACGCAGCGCACGCGUGGAGAAGAAAGAAGAAGACGCCGUCUGAGAUCUCACCGGCUCCUGUCCGGGCUGUCGCCAUGGCGUCGACGGGCACGCAGCUGCUGGCGAGCGUCCUGUGCCUGCUGGGCUGGGCCGGCGUGAUAAUCAGCUGCCUUCUGCCCAUGUGGAGGGUGACGGCGUUCGUGGGCAGCACCAUCGUCACGUCUCAGACCAUCUGGGAGGGCAUCUGGAUGAGCUGCGUGGUCCAGAGCACGGGCCAGAUCCAGUGCAAGCCCUACGAGUCCUUGUUGGCGCUGAGCGCGGACCUGCAAGCGGCCCGCGCCCUCACCGUACUGGCCGCCGUGACCGGCGCCACGGGCCUCGUCCUGGCCUUCGUCGGGGGCAAGUGCACCCGCUUCUUGGACCGGGAGGGGCCCAGGUCCAAAGGGAGGGUAGCGGUGGCGGCGGGGGCGGUUCUGGUGCUCACGGGGUUGCUGUGUUUGAUUCCGACCUCGUGGGCGGCCGGCGCCGUGGUCCGGAAGUUCUACAGCGCCGCCAUAGACGCCCAGCGGCGUGAGAUCGGCGCCUGCCUCUACAUCGGCUGGGGAGCGUCCAUCCUGCUCAUCCUGGGAGGGGGGCUGUUCAUCAGUUCCGCAUGCCCCCUUGAAGCCCAGCACGCACACAAGAGCCCGUCCGUUCGAUACCUGAUGGCCCGCUCGUCCACCGGGUCCCUCCGCAGGGUCCCGGCGACGAGGCCGACCGGGACGGCUUUCGGCGGGCCUCCCGGCUACCGGGCGGCCUCUUCCAAGUCCGAGCUGCCCGGCGGCACCGCCUGGGGAUACGCGCCCGGGCCGGGCCUCGGGCAGAACUCUGAGAGAUCCUGGGCGCUGUCCGCUAAGUCUCAGCUGAAGCGACUGGAAUCGACGCCCUCGGAGCAAAGCGAGGCGCCUUCUACCGAGUCUCAGCUGAAGCCUGGCCGGGUGGACCACAACAAGACUUUGGACUCCGACGGCAACCGACAUGAGGACUUGUCCUCCAACCCUUCAAAGACCUACCUCUGACCUGAACCUGACAACUUCAAAGAUCUGGAAUAGCUGUCUCUUUGGUCUAUCUGGUUUACGUCAAAGACCUCAUGCUAGACGAAGGGCAAAGUUUAUAAGACAGCGGUGAGGCCGGUCGUGCUGUACGGUUUCCAGACGGUGGCGCUGAACAGACGACGGCUGGAAAACGUUGAGGUUCUAUUUAGGAGUGCGCAGGUUGGAAAGGAUUAGAAGUGAGCUCAUCAGCCAAGCUUAGAUGUUUUGGGGAGACCAGACUUGGAUGGUUUAGACCUGUCCAGAGGGGAGAUAUAUUGGUGGAAGGGUGAUGAGGUUGGAGCUGCCAGGCAAGAGAGGGAGAGGAAGACCUAAGAGAAGGUUGACGGAUGUCAUGAGGGAAGAUUUAGAGCCUUACAUGCCGUGCUGUGGCCACCCCGAACGGGACAAGACCAAAGGAGGAGAAGAAGAAACAUAGUCUGCUUGUAAAGUGAUGUCACAAAGACGAGAAGGAGAAGAAGAAGAAGAAGAAGAUACAUCAAAGUCCGGACCUUGUGACCUGUACUAACUCUCUAGGUAGACAACAAAGACCAAGAGUAAUUCUCUCUCUUUGACGGGGACUAACUCCCUUUGACAGGUUAAAGACCUCAACCAACUAUUUAACACCUCAAAGUCUAAGUACUGAUUGUAGACUAACGCGACAACACAGGUAGAAGUCCUACCUUGGACCUGGACUAAGCCUCGACAGGACUCCAAGAGGACUCUCUGAUGUAUUUGGUCAUUUCUUCGGUCUUGUACGGCUUUCUCGUGACACAUCACCUCAACUUUGUCUCUAGCUGCAUUGAAUUCCUUUUUGACAAUGUCUGAUUUUAUUUCCAAAUGAAAAUGUGACAACAUUUGAAACUUGUAACCUCUGAUUCUGAAGUUUUCUUUUUUCAUGAAGGAAAUACACGUGUGUUGUGUGUCAAGCGCGUGCAGUCAAUAUCGAGGGCCCCCGCGACCCGACCUCCGAUAAGCGGGAGAAAAUGGAUGCAUGGAACUGUAAUCUUUUCUUUCUUUUUGGAAUAAAGGCCAAUCGACGAAAGAAGAGACGGCGGCGGCUCCUU